AUGUACUCCGCGUCGUUCGAUCCCUGUACUCCCCCUCCCCACUUCUCUCCUUUUCGCCCUUCCCCGGAACGCUCCUCGUGGGGAUGCCCGGAACGCUCCUCGUGGGGAUGCCCGGAACGCUCCUCGUGGGGAUGCCCGGAACGCUCCUCGUCCGCGGCUCCAUGCGCGCGGUACCUCGCAAUAGCGCUGAGACAAGCGCGCCUCCUCCUAGCCACCCCUGUUCCCCCGUAUUCUCCCUCCCUCCGCUCCCCCCGCACCUUUUCCCCCCUCCUCCGCCAGCCGCGGCGCCAUCCGCGGCGCCAUCCGCGCGGCCGUGGGGAAUCUCUGGGAGCAGCUGAGCAAGGCGCGCCUCCACCUGGCGGAAGCCAUGGCUCUAGCGCGCCACUGGGGCGCACGCUCGUGCUGCCACGUGUCUGUAGCAGCCGCAUCGGCGGCAACAACCCGCCACGUGGCAUGCUCCCCGCGUGCGCGUAUUUUGACUCGGUGCUGAUGGGGCGGUUCGUGCCGUGGGUGCGCGAGGAGUACCUCUGGCGGACACAUACGCGCCUCACCUGCACCGGCUGGCCUCCUGAGGAGCAGGCGGUGCAGCACCUGAACGGCGGGCGGUACGUGGCAGCGCACUGGCGCGUGGAGAAGGCGAUGAUGAGCCACCGGUCGCCCGUGCGCAUGCACCUGUGCGUGCAGUGGCUGCUUAGAGAAACGGCGGCGUGGCCGCUCCAAGAGAAAGAGAGAGGAGCGAUGGUGGGGGAGAGCGGAGGGAGCGUAGAGGGAGGAGGUGGGGGAGAAGGGGAAAAGGUACCGGUGUUUAUGGCUACGGAUCUGACUCCGGAGAACAAGUGGCUAUCAGGCACGGCACGAUUCGACCAGCACCAUCAGGACGUUGCAAUUUACGCCGAACUCUACUCCCUGCUUAAGCCCACUCGGCUCGAGUCCUUUCUCCCCGGUUUGAGAGAGGCGGAUCUUGGAGUGCAGGCCAUAUUGGACAAGCUGCUGUGCAUAAGGGCGACGGUGUUCCUGUACCCGCCAGUCAGCUGCAGGAACUACGUGCCCACAGGGAGUGGCUCCGCAGUUGCAGAUGAGAUCUGCUGGUGGCGCGAGCACCUAGCGCAGCAGCGGAAUAUGAGCAGGGGAGGGGAAGGUCGGACCGUUUGCAGGAUGUGGGGGGCAGAUUUUGAUUUGGCAGCAGGGGAAGGAGGGCGGGGGAAGAAGUGGCGGGUCAGGAUGUGGGGGGGAGGGGGUGUUGAUUUGGCAGCAUCAGGGGGGUGGGAGCAGGGGAAGAAGCGGUUGCACAGGAUGUGGAGGGGCGCCAUUGAUCCUCUAGUGUGA